UCCGACGGGCUCCGCCGGCACACACGCCCGCGCGCGCAACAUUGAUUUACUCGCUGGUCGCGCGAUCGCGAGAGCUCAGUCACUAGUGCGCAACGCCAACGGGUACAAGUGUUUCAGCGCUCCAGAGCGCUACUUUUAUUUUGCGUUCAUUUAGUUCUGCUUCAAACAACAAAAACCUGUUUUAAAUUGCCCGUGUUAUCUUCUGUGAAUAUUAAUAAAAAUCUACGUAUUUUAAUUAUAAGUUCAGUGUGUUACGCUUGUGGUCUACCUACUUCGGUUCCUGUGUGUUGAGUAAUUCUGUGUCAGUUGAAGUGACUGUGAUUGAAGAAUCUGAAGAUUUCAUCGUUAACGUGUUCCCAUAUAGGAUUUCACCACGAGCGGGCUAAAGGAAGUGUAUAGUCAAGUGGACAGCGGCGGCGGUGGCUCGGCCGAAGUGAUGGUGUACUCUCUCGGCUGGGGGAUGGGCGAGCCGGAGCGGCGCGGCGCGGACCGCAAGCGCUCGCAGCCCGCGACGGCGCUGUCGCCCGACGACGGACACGAGGUGGACGUGUUGCCGCUCAACAAUCAGGUGGGCGGGCACACGCGGCUGCUGGUGCUCAACGACAGCACCGUCAUCAAGCCCCUGAACAUCCGCGAACUGCAUUUCUACAUGAACAUUCCCGAGGACAUCCAGAGCUUCGUCCCCCGCUACAAAGGGGUGAUGCAGGCCUCCAUAGCCGGAGGCUCGAAGCCGGAGAAGCGGUACUCGCCAUGUUUCCGCGAGGAGAACGGCCGCAAGCCGUCGCUCGGCGGGAAGCGCAAGCGCGACGAUGUGUUCAAAUUUAAAGUUCACCGAAAUGGCAAUGCUAGCGAAGUGCUUAAGAGCAUAGCGCAUAUGGACAAUUCUAAUAAACAAUAUUUCCUGAUGAUGGAGAAUAUAACGUCAUCGUACAGGCGGCCGUGCAUCCUAGACCUGAAGAUGGGCACGCGGCAACACGGGGACGAUGCCAGCGCCGAAAAGCGGUCGAAGCAGAUCGCUAAGUGUGCGGCGUCUACCUCCGCGUCACUAGGCGUCAGACUCUGUGGCAUGCAGGUAUACGGUGAAACCGGUGCGUGCGUCCGCCGCGACAAGUACUGGGGGCGCGCGCUAACUGAGAAUGGUUUGCGCGAGGCGUUACGGCACUUCUUCGCCGCGGGUGCCGCGCCGCGCCCGCAGGUCGUGCGUCGAGCGCUACGCCGUCUAGAGGCGCUCCGCCGCGCCAUAGCCAAGCAGACUAGCUAUCGUUUCUACUCCUGCUCCCUAUUAAUAGUAUACGAAGGCGACACGGAAGAGCCGGACACGUGCGCGGCGCAGUUCGACGACGCGGACGCGUCCAGCAGCUCGGCCGACCAGCUGCCACCCUCACACUUCGACAUGUCCACGCUGCACGCCGGCAUCCCGGACCGCGAGCGCGAGCCCUUCCAACCGCACUCCGAGGAAACAAUGGGCGGGUACGAGGAGGGCGAAGUGGGCGGCGCGGGCGCGGAGGCGGGGCACUCGCCGCGGCGGCAGCCGCCCAGCCCCGACAGCACGGACAGCUGGAUGGCCUACUCCUCCACCUCCGGCGACUCCUGGCGCGGCGACCCCGAGCCCGCGCCGGAGCCCGAGCUGGGCAAGCGCGCGCGCACCGCGCCGGCGCACCAGCCCACGCAGCCCGACGAGCGCGUGGACAUCCGCAUGAUCGACUUCGCGCACACCGCGUACGCGGGCGCCGCCGCCUCGUCGCCGCUGGCCACGGCCACGCCGCACCACGGGCCGGACGGCGGCUUCCUCACGGGCGUGGACUCGCUCACGCGGCUGCUGACGGAGAUCCUGCAGCCGGACAGUUAAUGAGCGGCCGGGCCGAGCGCCCGCGCCGCGAGUCUCACCCGCCCGUCGCCGUCGCCGUCGCCGGCGGGACCCCCGUUUGUUUCGACUAGACGACUACUAUAAUUUUCAAGUGGGACCCAGUAGGUAAACUUGAUACGUUCGUAUUUUUAAGUAUUACGUUUUAAGUUAUUCCAGAAUGUUGAGCUUUCGGUUUGUUCCCUUUAAAUUGAUCUGACCGCGUUCGGUAGUUCGGUUCGCGUUAGUUCCUAGUGUGAUCGCCGGGUUACCGCGUUCCGCCCUCUCUUUGUUGUGCAUUUAGUUCCAAAAAUUGUAUUGUCCCGAGCGCCUAAAUCGUAGUUUAUUUCUGUUAAACUUUGAAGUAGUUUAAAAUUCAGUUUUAAACGAAUGACCCAGUCCCCGAGGCCGAAGUAUCUUGUGAGCCGGAAAUACUUGAACUUGAAUGUGGCGAGAUAAAACUCACGAUAGUAUUUAACCGACGACAGACCACUAUAUUAUAACAUACGUAAGUGUUUAGUGUUCUCAUAGAAUUUCAUUAAAUGUGUCCAUCGUCCUUAACGGACGCUUAAAUUAAAACUGAUUAUAUAUAUUUUGCAACAGUAUUACGAAUGUUUUAUAAAUAGUGAGAAUGAGUGUAAGAUUCGGAUUGGAGAGUUUGUGAAUAUUAUCCUGAACGGUGAUGCUGUGCCAAUGGUGAGCUCUUUACACUGUAAUGAAUGAUUUAAGUUGUAUGUGACUGUAUAUAGGGAUGAGAGUCAGUGUAAACAGCUACGCACAAAGACGUACCACUAGCGUUAGUUAGCCAACAUUCCUUUGUGCUGCAUUCGUCAUUGCCCUUUUAAUUUUUUAGUGGGAUAAAUUUAUGAAAAGUACCUGGUUUAAUUAGGAUGCUAGGUUGUAUUGCAAAUUAUCAUUUAUGUCUGUUAUUUUUAAUAACCGUAUGACACUAUUUUGUUAAAUAAAUUUUAGGUAUUUUAAA